AAACGCAAAACCUGUUAGCUGUUACCCAUAGUAUUUUUACCGGGAUUUUAAUACAAAAUUCGAUAAUUAGGUACUCAAAAAGAGUUUUAACCCAUUUUAACUCCCUGAAUUUAUAACACAAUGUGGGUACCACCCACCGGCCACCACCCAAAACAAUUGAUCAGACAACCGCCCGACCUGUACUCCAUGCUUGGUGCUACUGGGUAUGUUAUAAAUUUAUAAUCUAUAGACAAAUAGGCAAGUCAUACAAUAAUAUUUAUAAUUUCUAUAUUACAUUUAUAAGCCACCUUUUGCGUUGUUUAAUUAUUAUUAAAGUAAAUAACUUACAAAUAUUUAGCGGACUGAUAGUCGGCGGAAUCAAAAUGCCAAAAUGUGAAGUAGUUCAAUUGAGUUGAUACGCGGAGACGGAGCAAUCGAUAUAUAAAUAUUCUUAUAUAGAUACAGAAAAAUUUCAAAAAACAAAUGAUGUCGCAGCUUCCAACCACUUGUUGAGCAAUGCACACAUAUCUAAUGGUCAUUCUUCUCAGAAGAAUCAAAAACCUAUAAUUAUUGAUACACGUGUGAUUAAACAUUAUGGCCGCAGGAUGAAAUUGAAUUGCAGGCAUGGGUAUAAUAUUUUAAUUCUCCAAAACGGAAAAGUUUCUAGUUCUGAUGAUGACAUAGAUAGUCAUUGUAUAAUGGAAUUCACAUCAAUGUCUCCUGGCCAUGUUCGUAUUAAAGGAGUUGAAGCAAAUUUGUUUUUAGCUAUGAAUAAAGAUGGACUUCUUUAUGGAGAGGCUGAUCCCAACAACAAUUCAACUAUUUUCAUUGAACAACCUGAGGGUCCUUACAGUGCAUACCUAUCUUUGAAAUAUCAACGAAAAAAAUGCAAGAGAACACGCUGCUGCCAGACAAAAAUAAAUUCUUGUAUGCAUACUUGCACAACACUAUGCUAUAGUGGAACAGGUCUUGAUUACUGGGUAAAGUAUAGAUUCGCAAAUAAUUGGCAUGUUUUCUUGCUGGACAGAAUAUAAUAUAUUAUAUUGUCACUAAUUAGUAUUAAAUCUACAUUUCUUUUCUAAAAUUCAUAACAUUUACUUUUAAGUAAAACUGUAUUUUAUUUAGCACACAAUACAGGUAUAUUGUUAUUUAUUUUGUAUAUUUAUAUUAUGAAAACAAUAUCAAAGCAUAAUACUUAUUUAAUGUGAAAUUGAAGCACUGUAAAGUCAAUGCAACAAAGCCAUAAAGGCUAGACUAGUAUUAUACUGUUACUACUAUUAGUAUUAUUAAACUAGACACUAGUCACUAUUUUUAUUUUGUUUUUUAAAAUUCUUUGUUACAUUAUUAUGAUAAAUAAUUUUUCUAAGAGAAAGUAAAAAUGUAUUGCAAUA